GCAUAUUGUCAAGGCUUCUUCGUGCAGUAUGCCGCCGUCUUCUACAAUCGCUCGUUGGCUUCUUCUUAUCAGCGCAGCUUCCCUGUCCGCCUGUGUCGCAUCCAGCAACGACAGCGACGACGACAGCGUGGACUAUGUGCGCUGCACGUCGUUCGAGCAGUGCUGUGAGAUGUGGGGCGAGGACUCUAAGCGUUGCGAACGCGGGCCGUGCACUGGCACUUGGAUCAUGCGCAAAUUCUUCUCGCUCAGUAUGCCACUCGACAGUAUCACAAUCUGGGAUGCACUGGUGCGCUCGCGCCGAUACACGCGCGUGUUUGCUAUCCUGCUGCCGAUUAUCCUUACGGUACUCAACACUGUCAUACUGGUGAAGAUACUGGGUGACUGCGACGAAAGUCCACGUCCUGCAGGCUCAUGUCUCGUAAGCAAUGGACUGCCAUCGGGCCACGCCACGAACGCUAUCGGACUGUGGACUUGGGUUGUCCUCGAGACGAUUGUGGGCGUUGGAGAGCAGCUACGCCACUGGUCGGCCAGGCAAAAAGCGGUCGCGGUGCUUUUCGCCACUCUUGUGUUGACCCCCGUGCCCUACAGUCGCUACUACCUUGGUGACCACACGGCACUGCAGGUCGCCGUCGGAUCAGCUGAUGGACUCGUGCUGGGAGUCGCUUACUUCUUUUUCAUCCGAUGGCAAGGAAUGCAUCGUGCCAUCGACACCCUCGCCCGUGUCGUGGGCCGCUACAUUAAGUUCGAGAUUACGGACGACUUCUACCUGGCCCCCAACCAGCCGACGGGGGAUGGCGGCACUAUUGCGGACGACAGCAGUGAGAGUGAAAAUGUUGGAGCCAACCCGGCCCACGCCGUGGAAAAAGAGAUCCAGACGCCAUACGUGCAGGCGUAGUGACCCGGUAGAAUAACAACACGACAAGUUUCAAAUUUCAACUCCAGCCUAUUUAGGGACCUUGUCUGUGCU